AGCUAUACAAGGAGCAGCUGUAUUUCCAGACUGUCAUACUUCUCCAGAGCCAUGGCUAUAGCCAGAAUGGAUAAACUGCGAACGACAAGCUACAAAGAUGCCUUAUGGAUUAUUUUGAUUUUAUGCCUCAACAUAAGAGCUGCAGCCUCCACUGAGGGCACCACCAUCUCCACACCUGUCUCCACACCCAUCUCAACUCCAAGCUUCACUGAGUCACCCAGUCCUAGCCCCUCUGUGACCUCCAGCAGCUCCAGCUCCACCACAAACGUUGACACCACAUCCACUGUAGUCCUUGACAUGACCUCUGGCUCCAGUACCCGUGAAAUCUCAGGCAGCCCCAGUUCCUCCAUCACCUCCAGCAGACCAAGCUCCACUGGGACCUCGGAAAGCACUGCUACCAACACUGCAUCACUCCCUGCUGUUGGCACCACUACAAGCUCCAGCACAGGCUCCACUGAAUCCUCCAGUUCCAGCUCCCCUAUGACCCCCAGCAGCUCCAGCUCCACCACAGCCCUUGGCAUCACGUCCACCAGGACCUCUGGCUCCAGUACCCCUGCAAUCUCUGGCAGCCCCAGUUCCUCCAUCACCUCCAGCAGCUCUGGUGCCACUGGGACCUCUGAAAGCCCUGCUACCAACAGCACAUCCGUCCCUGCUGUUGGCAUCACUACAAGCUCCAGCACAAUCUCCACUGAGUCAUCCAGUCCCAGCCCUUCUAUGACCCCCAGCAACUCCAGCUCCUCCCCAGCCCUUGGCAUCACGUCCACCGUGACCUCUGGCUCCAGUACCUCUGCAAUCUCUGGCAGCCCCAGUUCCUCCAACACCUCCAACAGCUCUGGCACCACUGGGACCUCUGAAACUACUGCCAGCACUGUCACUGAUGCUGGGACCACCACGAACUCCAGCUUCACUGUGACCUCCAGUCCUGCCUUCAGCACAACGUCUGGUGCAAGAUCCAACAACACCAACACCUCUGAUACCAUUAACAGUUCUCCAACCACAUUUCCCUUGGCAAACUCCAGUACUAGUGACUCUGUAAACAACACCUCUGUCUUGAACGACACAACCACUCCUCACGUGACUUUAACAUCAAAUGUUACCACUCCCACUUCGGUCUCACCAGGAUCUAACGGCACUUCCUCUCACUCCAAUACUACUGCAUCUCCCUCGGUCCUGGAGAGCGCCAACAGCACAGUCUUUACCAUAACACCGGACUCCAACACCACAUCGGAUUCCAGAGUCACAGUUUCCAGCAUCACUACAGCAAAACCCAAAGACAAAGCUGGCCUCCCCUACUGGGCCAUUGUUUUAAUCAGUUUGGCUGCCGUGGUGGCGGCUGUUUUCUUGACCUGGCUUGCCUACUUGUUGUGCUAUUUGCGAAGAUCAAGCUCCUUCCUUCCCAUGUACCACCCACAUAAUGUCUUCCAAAGUUUCCGAAGUCAAUGAUGGUGAAGAGAAGGACCUUUUCAGUUUGUCACAACAAGCUACCUUGAAGCCUCAUCCCUGGACUUCCCUUUCCGUUGUUGAGAACGUCCUGUCUUCAGCUACAUAGAAUUGCUGAAGCCUACUCUUCUUCCCUGGCAUCUAGAAGUUUCUCUGGGGAAAACAAUGGGAUGAAUAAUACCUUGGGUUCCUAAGGAUCCUUCACAAGGAAUGUAUGUUUUGAUAGUGACUUUCACUCUUUUCAUAUCGUAAACUAUUUUGGGAAACCCAAACACUUGAAAGGCCUCUAUGUUAAUUGAUUACAUCAUUUAAAAAAAUCCAUAUAGGCCACUACUGCCAGCGAGACCAUGGCCUGUAAGCUAAACAGACACUCAGUAGUUAAAAUAAUGUGGACUGGAAGCCAUUUCAGCCAGAACUCCAGAAGCUCUGCUUCAAAUCCUUGGACCACCAUGAAGCAAACUGGCCAAUUUCUGGUGAGUUCACUGGCUCUCAGUCUAACUUAUCCCACAGAGGUGUUGUGGUGACAAACACCAUGCAAAUGUGUGAGCUCUAUGAAUGAAGAGUCAGGUAUAAACAAAGCGUUUGACUAUCUAUUAGAACAGUUCUGGUAGAACCUCGUAUCCACAGGUAUUAGCAGACCGACAUCUGUUCUGUUGACACUGACAGAUCAGGAUGAUAUACCGGUUCCUUUCACUCACAUCUUAAUGAAAUCAGAGACUUGCUGUUUUGUUUUUGUUUUCUGUUUUGUUCUCAUUUUUGUUUUGUAACUACAAUAAAGAAAUCAACUCACAGAAUAUCCCUGGAUGACAGCUUGAGGAAAAUGCUGCUCUUUGGAAGGGCCUUCAAGGCAACCAUUUCUCAGGAAAACCUGUUAUUCUUCAGAACAAUCCUUAUCUUCUCUUUCAACCACUGUAGGGGAAACAUGGCUCUUACAGUAUAGUAAUAAUUUCGUUUAUUUAUUUAUUUAAAAUAUUUUUACCCCGCCUUUGUCCUUAAAAAGAAACCAAGGCAGCUUGAAUCAGGGGGCUUGCACCCUUUGCAUCAUUAAAUUUAAUGUACGGUAAUCACUUCAACCAGGACCUCCUCCGCGUGUCAUCCACUAGAUAUAUUUCAACUGGAAAAAGACAAACAAGGGUUCUUCUGUCAUAGCUCCAAAAUUAUACUAUAGGGUGUGCUUCCUGAUAAUAUUCUGUAUUCCCUCCAAAAUGUGGCCAUUAUAAUUGUUUACAAUUAUAUUUCUUCUAUUUUGCUUGUGUCCUAAUCCUUUGACUCUUCGUUUUAUGCAUUUCUAAAUGAUAUUUAAUUGUUUUAAUCAUAUAAAAACGUUAAAAAUGUUACAAACUACCUUGAGUCUUAAUUAUAAAACUAAUGGUGUUCCUGGAAUGUGCAAUCUAC